GGUAUAAAAUAACGGCACCCCAAAGCUAAUCUACACAUCUCCUCUACUGAGGGCUGAAUAUAUAUAUAUAUAUAUAUAUACUUAUAAGAACUAAGAAAGAGGAUUAAAGAAUGAUUUUCACUGGAGUCAUCCUUUCUGCUCUAGUCAUGCUUCUGCUUACUGACAGUGCGCACUGCAGAAGAGCUGACUGCAAGUCUGACUGUUGCUCAUUUGUGGAGGGCUUUCCUGUGAGACUGAAGGAGCUCCGUUCUGCAUAUAGAGAAAUACAGAGGUUUUAUGAGUCCAAUGAUGACUUGGAACCAUUAUUGGACGAAAACGUUCAACAGAACAUCAAUAGUCCUUAUGGAUGUCACGUCAUGAAUGAUAUCCUGCGCUUCUACUUGGAUACCAUACUGCCAACAGCUGUCCAGAAGAACCAAUUGCACUCCAAAACACCAAUUGACUCCAUUGGAAAUAUAUUUAAGGAUCUCAAGCGGGAUAUGGUGAAAUGUAAGAAUUACUUUUCUUGCCAAAAUCCCUUUGAGUUCGCCACCCUAAAGAACUCAUAUGAAAAGAUGAAGGAAAACGGUGUUUCUAAAGCCAUGGGAGAGCUUGAUAUGCUGUUUAAGUACAUUGAGCAGUAUUUGGCAUCAAAGAGAGUCAAGCACUAAUAGGAUGUCACACUGGAUUCAAGUCUGAAAAAAUGAAGAAUAAUGUAGAAACAAUGGACAUGAUCAAGAACAUACUGUAGGAUAUGGCACAAAUGGACUUCAUCCUUUAACUUAUUGCUUGCACAUCACCAUUCCAUCACACUACUUUAUGAUGCAUUGGAAUGCCUUCCUCUUCACCUUCAGCUUCUGGAUGUCACUAUGGCAGUUUUAGACUGAACUAAAACCAUAAAAUGUUGUUUAAGUCACAUUGACCGGAGUUAUUUUAAAAAUUAGUUGCAUUUUACCAACUUAAUGAAAUAACUUGAAAGUGUGUAAUAACUUGUGUAAAUACUGAUAUUUAUUCAUGGAUUUUAUUUAUUUUAUUUUAAGAGCUCAAAAGUUAAUUUAUUGUUAGUGUCAUAUGUGUCUGAUGCUUAUUUAGAAUUUGUUACAGAAAAGUGUCAUCAAUAAAUUAUUUCAACUGAAUAAUGCAACAAAC